GAGAUUGGGGAGUAGAUUAAUGAAAUAAACCCAUGCAUUCAAAUACUGAUUCAGAGUAUAUAUGAGAGAAAUUCGAAUUUGGGGGUAGAUUAAUGAAAUAAAUAUCAGUUAAAGAACUUACCAGUUGAUUGGAUUGGAUGAUUAAUGUUGCAUUCAAGUUUUGAUUGAGUGUUAAUGGGUGUCUUUCAUGAACAGUGAGAGCAAUCAUCAAAUGAGAGUGGAGAGAAACGAAAAAUAAAGGAAAUUAAGCUUUAAAAUGAAGUCACGUGCAAUUCACGUGUAAAGUUAAACAUCCACUUGAUAGUCAACUAACUGAUUCCGUCGUUCGGUAGUCCUUUUGCAAACGUUUAUGACAUUUAAGGUAAUUUUUUGAAGAAAAAACUAAAUUAAAUAAUUUUUUGCAGUGCUAUAUUAGAUAGUUUUUUUUGCAAUUUUUCAUUUUAUUUAUUUUAUUACAAUCCCUCCUUCCUUUUGGUCCCUUCUUCUCUUCUAUGUGCACACGGUUGGGCUGAAUGGGAAAGACAAACUCCAUAAUUUUCUACUCUUUUUCUCUCUCUGAUUGAGCUCAAUUCAGUCAAAAGCUGCCUACUUGACAGGCUAACCAAAUGCUUUUCUUCUAUACAAAAUCCACCUAUUAAAAAGUAAAGCAAUCCCCCAAAAAAUACACCUAUUUUUGUUCUAAAUUCAGCCAGAAACUGAAAAAGAUUCAAACUUUAAGCAAUCUCCAUUAAUUUCUUCAUGGGUUGCUGUAUAUCUAGAGAAAAUAACCCAGAAAAGCAACCCAAAAACAAUAAUUCUAACCCAGUUGUUCAUCAUCAUCAGCAAACACCAGCAAGUGAUGUUGGAGGUGGUGGAAUAGUUAUUGUUCCUAGUGGUGUUCCUGCUUUUGCUGAGUUUUCAUUUGCAGACUUGAAAGCAGCAACAAAUAAUUUUAGCUCAGAAUUUAUAGUGUCAGAAAGUGGUGAAAAAGCACCUAAUGUUGUUUAUAAAGGCCACCUUAAGAAUCAACAAUGGAUUGCUGUUAAGAAGUUUACCAAAUUAGCUUGGCCUGAUCCUAAACAAUUUGCGGAGGAGGCUUGGGGAGUUGGCAAAUUAAGGCACUCAAGGCUAGCAAAUUUGAUUGGAUAUUGCUGUGAUGGUGAUGAGAGGUUACUUGUUGCUGAAUUCAUGCCUAAUGAUACUCUUGCCAAGCAUUUGUUCCACUGGGAAAAACAAACUAUUGAGUGGGCGAUGCGAUUGAGAGUAGCUCUUAAUGUUGCAGAAGCCUUAGAUUACUGUAGUUCUGAGGGUCGUCCAUUGUACCACGAUCUAAAUGCUUACAGGGUUCUCUUUGAUGAGAAUGGUGAUCCUAGACUUUCAUGUUUUGGAUUGAUGAAAAACAGUAGGGAUGGGAGAAGUUACAGCACCAAUCUUGCCUACACCCCGCCAGAGUAUCAUCGAAAUGGAAAAGUUACACCUGAAAGUGUUAUUUACAGCUUUGGUACAAUUCUUUUGGACUUACUGAGCGGAAAGCACAUACCUCCAAGUCAUGCCCUUGAUAUGAUACGCAGCAAAAAUCUAAACCUAUUAAUGGAUUCCCAUUUGGAGGGCAAAUUUUCCACUGAAGAAGCUACUGUGGUUGUUAAUCUGGCUUCUCUAUGUUUGCAUAAUGAACCUCGGGAGCGACCAAACACCAAGGAUCUCGUUUCAACACUUUCCCCACUGAAUACAAAUCCUGAUGUUGCAUCACUUGUCAUGCUUGGGGUAUCAAAGCAAGAGGAUGCACAAGCAACCGCUACCCCUCAGCGACCUCUUUCGCCCAUGGGUGAGGCAUGCUCUCGGAUGGACCUUACAGCAAUUCAUCAGCUAUUAGUAAUGACACACUACAGAGAAGAUGAGGGAACGAACGAGCUAUCAUUUCAAGAAUGGACUCAACAAAUGAGGGACAUGCUAGAAGCAAGGAAGCGUGGAGACCAUGCAUUCAAAGAUAAAGAUUUCAAGACAGCCAUUGACUGUUACUCUCAGUUCAUAAAUGUGGGUAUUAUGGUCUCACCGACUGUAUACGCAAGGAGAAGCUUGUGCUACCUUAUGAAUGAUCAAGCAGAUGCGGCUCUUAGAGACGCAAUGCAAGCACAAUGUGUGCACCCUGAUUGGCCAACUGCCUUCUAUAUGCAAUCAGUUGCCCUUGCAAAGCUGGAUAUGCAGAAGGAUGCUGUCGACAUGCUAAAUGAAGCGUCUUGUCUCGAAGAAAAGAAGCAAAAGGUUGGAAGAAGUUGAACUUUUAUAAAUUUGUCUUUUAGAAAAAGGAUAAAUGGAUUGCUCCUUUCAAGCCUGUUUGGUUUCUGUAAAAUCUGAGAUAAAAAUAGAAGAAUUUCAGUAAUGCAAAAAAUUGCAUCUACUUUCAAAUGUGUGAAGUAUGAUUGGGGGGUAAAUACUAAAUUGUAUCAAUGUAUAUUGUUAAGGACUGUAAGAGAUUCAGAAAAAGAAAGGGAUAAGUUAAAGGAAAAGGAAAAGGAAAAAUGCAAUUUGGUAACAUAUGUGAAAUUUAUGAAAGCAUUUCUUCUUUAUAUUUGUAUAGGAACCCCACUUGAACAGGAUUUUGUAUGUAGUGAAUUUAUAAAAACUUAUUAUUAUUAUUA